AUGACGUUUGCUUUGCUUUUGUUCAGGUUCAUUCAAGAUGGCAAAGACGCUGCCCGACAGGGAGACCUGCACAAAGCGCUGGAGUUCUUCAGACUGGCUUACAACAUUCACCACAGUCACAAACUGGAAAGCCGGAUCAAAAAAAUCGAAGAGCUCAUCGCUGAGAAUGACUUGGAGGAAGAUGAUGACGAGUUUGUUAAUGUUAACAGCAGCGGUUUAAUGCUUUUUAAAGAGCUGUAUGACAAGCUGUACGACUACCAGAGGGAUGGAGUGGCCUUCUUGUACAGCCUCUACAGAGAUGGCCGGAAAGGCGGGAUUUUAGCUGAUGACAUGGGACUGGGCAAAACCAUCCAGGUGAUAUCAUUCCUCUCUGGCAUGUACGACAAUGAGCUGGCUAAACACACACUCCUGAUCAUGCCGACUUCCCUCAUCACAAACUGGACCAAGGAGUUCUCCAAAUGGACUCCGGGCAUGAGGGUGAAGGAGUUUCAUGGCAUCAGCAAAGGAGAGAGGACCAGGAAUCUGGAGAAAGUUCAGAGGAGGGGCGGCGUCAUCAUCACCACCUACACGAUGCUCUUAAACAACUGGCAGCAGCUGUCCACCUACAAUGGCAAAGAGUUCACAUGGGACUAUAUGAUCCUGGACGAGGCUCACAAGAUAAAAAGCACAACCACCAAAACCGCCAAAAGUGCCUACGCCAUACCGUCCAAGAACCGAGUUCUACUCACAGGAACUCCGGUCCAGAACAACCUGAGAGAAAUGUGGGCUCUCUUCGACUUUGCCUGUCAGGGCACCCUCCUCGGCAUGGCGAAAACAUUCAAAGCGGAGUACGAGAACCCCAUCACCCGGGCCCGGGAGAAGGACGCCACUCCAGGAGAAAAGGCGCUGGGAUCCCGGAUGUCAGAGAACCUGAUGGCAAUAAUAAAACCGUAUUUCCUGCGCAGGACCAAGUCCGAAGUACAGAAAAAGAAAACAAACAGCACACGUAACAAGGAACACUUGGAGGACAUGGAAGACCAUGUUCCAAACCUUGAAGCAGACUCUGGAGCGGUGAUGCCCAAAUUGACGAGAAAAAACGACCUGAUUGUCUGGACUUACCUGAGUGCCGUUCAGGAGGACAUCUACAGGCAGUUCAUAUCGCUGGACCACAUCAGAGAGCUCCUGCUGACCACCCGAUCGCCUCUAGCUGAGUUAAACAUUCUGAAAAAGCUGUGCGACCACCCGAGGCUCCUCUCUGCUGCCGCCAUAGCCAAGUUAGGCUUGGAGGAGAGUGCAGCUGACUGCCAGGAGACCACAGAGGCCAACGAUCACAGCAUCAUCAGCGUUCCUGAUCACACCUUGAUCUCAGAGUCUGGGAAGAUGGUCUUUCUUUUCUCUCUCCUAGAUCGGCUCAGGCAGGAAGGCCACCGCACCCUCGUCUUUGCCCAUUACAGGAAGGUGCUCGACAUCAUCGAGCGCAUCCUGGGCAACAGAGGCUUCAAAGUGCUGCGGCUAGAUGGAACCAUCACUCAGAUCGCAGAGCGAGAGAGGCUCAUCUCUCUGUUCCAGACUGACAAACGGUACUCCGUCUUCCUCCUCACCACCCAGGUCGGUGGAGUCGGCAUCACCUUAACAGCAGCCGACAGGGUGGUCAUCUACGACCCCAGCUGGAACCCUGCGACAGACGCCCAGGCCGUUGACAGGGCGUACCGCAUAGGCCAGACUGAAAACGUCGUCGUCUACAGGCUGAUCACCUGCGGCACUGUGGAGGAGAAGAUUUACCGCCGGCAGGUUUUCAAAGACUCUCUUAUUAGGCAGAAUACCGGGGACAAGAAGAACCCGUUUCGGUACUUCAGCAAACAGGAGUUGAAGGAGCUCUUCACCUUGGAGGACACGCGGUCCUCCUCUACACAGCUCCAGCUUCAGGCGCUGCACGCCAGGCACCGGCGCACCGACCCUGAGCUCGACAAACAUAUCACACACCUCCACACCAUGGAGAUGUUUGGGAUUUCUGACCAUGACCUCAUGUUUACACUUGACAUCAACCACGACGAGGCCCUCGAGAACCAAGAGGAGCAUCAUUACAUCGAAGGGCGGGUCCAGAAGGCUCAGGAGCUCAUGAAGGCGGAGUCUGAGCUGCAGAUGCAGCUGGCAGAGAGCAUGGUGUCCAGCACGGAGCCGGCAUGGCUCCGAUACCCAGCAGACAACAACAGCCGGGAGCGGUCCCAUGAGAAGAAACCACAUCCUUCAUAUCCGAAGCAGGACACGAGCCUGGCCUGGUCUCCAGCUGUGGUGGAUUUGGAACAGACUGCUUCUGGGAAGGAGGCCACUCUGGAGAAUCUCAGCAAGGGAGUGAUUGAUCUGACUGCAGAGGAGAGCACAGCAGAGGUCAGCCACCAUAGCCUCGCUGAGCAGAAACUGGAUUCUCCGAAACACCCGUCAGUGAAGCUGGAAAGGAACUUGUUGGAGGCGGCAGAUCCGAUCGAGGUGUCUGUGGUGCUGAUGGAGGCUGGUGACGUAGCUGACACCUCAGUCAGAGAAGGACUCAAUGAAUCUGCGGCCGCGAGUCUGUAUGUUACAGCAGCCGAUGAAGAUGAGCAGAAGAUGAUGGGACAUUUGACCCUGAAGUACGAUGACUCCGAGAUGGAGCUGGGGUCUCCUCACGUCACUCCUCUAGAGAACAGAAGACUUUCCGCGCUGCGCGUCUCCAGUUUGAGCCUCAGAGCCGACACAUCAUCCAGAAUCGGCAGCGAGCUCGAGUCUUUGAAUGGCAACUUCAACCUACAGCUGGAGGACAGUGGCGCCGAUCACGAUGAGGCGGUGGUGCAGGAGGAGGAGGAGCUGCAGGAAGAGGAGGAGCUGCAGGAGGAGGAGGAGCUGUUGUCUCAGCUGCAGCUGGAGGGAAGUUUCGACGUGGGUAAAUCUCUUUGUGAGUGGCAGCAGAAAGAAGCAUCAAGUUACAGCGCGAGCAACGGCCGCGCCGUCAGCCUCAAUGAGUCACAUGACUCAGUCGUGGGUAUCAGGAAGAAAAAGGCUGCUGUGAUUUAUGACAGUGAAGAGGAGACGCAGGAGGAGGAUGAUGGGCAGCUUGAGAACUCCUUCCAGGUUUCCGGAGCAUCGACGCCAAAGUCAGCGUGCACUGGCACCACGCCGCUCCGUACUCGAAAGAGCAUUGGUGGAAACACGUCCGUGGCUUCUCACCGCUCCUUCCUCCAUUCCAUCAUUGAGGACAUGGACAACCAGGACAGCCAUGAAGAUGAUGGUGAUGCUUCGGAUGUCCAUUCAGAUGAGGCCGAAGAGGACAUGAUUGGUUUGGCUCAUGAUGAGGUUGAGGAGGAGGAACCCAGUGGAGAGACUGUAAACUCAGAGGAGGAGUUUGUAGAAGAGGAGAUGGAGGAGGAAUUUGAGGAGGAAGGAGACUUUGAGUCAGGAGACACUGAGGAAUAUGGAGAAGGGAGCCUCCUGGAGGAAACGUCCACCGAGCCUGAGUUGGUAUCAAACGAGGCGAUGGAUCAGUGCACCGCCGAGACAGGUGUAAAGGAGGUCGAGGACGAGAGCUACGACUCGCUGGUGCAGCGAGGGCGGGAGUGCUACAGCAAAGCUGAGCUGGACGAGGCCCUGGACUUCUUCCUCAGAGCCAUCGACAUCAAACCCGGAGAUCCGGAGAUCCAGCUCAUGACCAUCCAGCUGUACCGGCAGCUGAGUCAGGUGGCGAGGAGAUCCUAACAGAAAAGGACGAUCGGGGCGGCGAGGUCAAGCUCUGCCGGCCCGCCACUUCACGCCAAAGCUGUAAAUCUUUCAAACAUGUCUGGCGUGUUCGUCUUCUCCGUGAGAUCGCGCUGAGUGACUAAUGUUUGAACAUCUCAGCUGAUUGCAGAAAGCUUCCUGUUUGAACUUCUUCUUUCAGUAAUGUAACUAGAAUCAGGUGUGUGUCAUCAUCCACCACGAAACGGUAAUGAACGGCUUCAUCUCUGAAAACAGAAAUCUCCUGCAGAGCGUUUGGCCUACUGAAAAGUUUUCCCCGCCCUAAACCCACCAAAAUAAACUUCCUGUUUUAUCCAGUUGGGCCUCAGAUCAGCUGAGCAGGAGCCUCAUGCAGGUUUAGGAUUCACAACAGGAAGCUACAUCCAUCUUUUAUAUACAGAUUAUAACUAAAUCGUCCGAUGGCCCAUAAAAGACUUCACACAGCUGUGAUCCAGCUGUGCAGAGACCAGAACAUAAACUCAGCAGGAAGUGCUGAGGAUACAUCGGUGGGUCAGACCUGAGUUUAGGUCCCUCUGAAGCGUCUGACUCAGCUCUUAAUCCUGGUUACAUUCCCCUUUAGAACCGAACGUGUUGGGAUUUGUCAUCUCCUGAAACGCUUCACAGUCAGUGCUGCAAACCUACGUUUACAAAGCAGAACUGACGAGACGCACACAGCGGCGAGAACGCGUUCCCACACUUCCUGUCCAAUGAGGUCGCGAAGGUCACAGUAUUUGAGCAGAAACAAAUCCAGAAAACAUGAAACAUCAGUGUGAGGUCAUAACAGCUCAUUUCCAUGUUUCUGUGAUCACUGGUGUGCAAAUAUUCAACAUUAUUCUUCUUCAAGUUCACUGUUAGAGCAAGAAGCUGAAGAAUAAUGAAGCUCAUCAUAAGAUGUAAGAUUCCAGUUAUUUAAUGUUUGACGUCAGUUUUACGGGUUGUAAAUGUUCUGAUUUCUCACUGCUUUCAGAUUUUGGGGUAAAAACAUGAACUUGGUUUAUUUUCUGGAUAAAUACAAAUAAAAUUUGAAACGUGUGUUUGACAGGUUUCUAAAAUACUGUGAUGCGUGAUGUCAUAAAUGUAGAGGGGGCAGGGUCACGGCACGAGUACACAAGUACUAUGAUAAAGUAUAAAUACUGUCAGUAAAGUACAAGGUUAUUCCCAGCACGGGUCUGAGCAGGUUUGCACCCUGAUUGGUUGAAAACAACUUCCACCUGCAGUCAUGUGACACUUUUAAGUGGAGGUCACGUGAUUCAUUAAGUGUAAGCUGCUGCAGGAGAUUCUGCCUCCAUGCCUCUCCCAACACCACCUUCAUCAUCAUCACCUUCCCUCUUCUGCACAUGUGGACUCCAGCUUGCUGUCCUCCUGUCACCUCCACACUGCCUGGACUCUGCGCCGGUGUUGUGCCAAAAACUGAUUUCCAGUUCCAGCAUAUAGAGACGAG